CUAAUUUAUAAUCGGUACCAUAAUGUGACCAUAAUCUAUCAUAAUUAAUAUCGUAACCAUAGAUAUAGAUAUUGUAUCAGUCUGCGUUCAUCACUGUUGUGAUUUGCUGCAAAUUGAUAUGAAGAAUACAAAGAAUGCAUAAUAGCAUUAGUUUCAUCUGAGAAGGUUAUGGAGUGCUUUAGAUAAGGUUUAUUAUUUAACAACAUAUUGAUCUAGACGUUUAUCACUGGUAAAUUAUUUCUUGAUUUUUAUUUUUAUUGUUUACAAAAUAUUUCGGUAAUCAUGGAUAGUACCUUAUCAAAGUUUACUGCAACGAGAACAACCCCUGUUAGCGAAAAUGCUAAAAAACGAAAGUAUACUACAACAGCAGAUAGUGUAACAGAUAACGUUGAUAACUGGCACUCAAGUAGUAAAAAGUUUUCUCAACAACCACUUUCCACAUGCAGUAUAAAUAAUGUCAAAGAAAACAAUGAAAACAUAGUUCAUGGUUUUAACUCUGGUUUGAGCGAAUCAAAUAUAAAGCAGUGUAUUGAAAUGAUAAACUCUACACAAAAAUCAAGUCAGCCAAGCAACCAAAGCCUUUGUCAGUCUGAAAAUGACAAACAAGUAGCAAAUCAUACAGUAAACUCAGUGGAGCCUAAUUCUAAUCAUAUGAUAGAGCAAAACAUCAAUUAUAACAGAAAUAGAAUUCAAACAUAUUUUUCUAAUGGUGAAAUUGGAAGUGCUGAUACACCCAUUUGGUUAAGUAAUAUAAAUAAUUCACAAAGAAUGCUACUAAAUUGGCAUCCUUUUCAUCAUAGAUUAUACUUAAGACAGCAAUUAGAAAUGGAACGAAGACGUGUUUCACUUUUAAAGAACUCAUCGAGGAACCCCUUGGGUUUUAAUCAUAUGUUUGUAGGACAAAUUGGAAGAGGAAUAAUUCCUUCACAGACUGAUGAAAAAAAAUUAAAAUUAGAGUUAUUCAUAACAGCAAAUACAAGAAUCCUUUCUUCUAAAGAAACAGUAAAUUUGGUAGAAGCAACAUGUGUUAUUUGUUUUAUGAAGUUUAAAGAGCAACAAUUAAUUCGUGAAUUAUCUUGUCUGCACAGAUUUCACAAAAAUUGUAUUGAUAAAUGGUUAGUAAAUCAAAUGAACUGCCCUAUUUGCCGUCUACCAUUAGGUGAAAAUUUUACUACAACUUUAAAUGCUGAUUGCUCAGUAAAUCAUCAAUCUUUAUUAAAUAGCCAAUCACCUUUUGUGCCAGUUAGUAAUGGAUAUUAUCUAAGUAAAGAAAUAAACAAUACACUAAGUGCAAGUAAUGGUAGUGCAACAACUGAACCUGCUGAAAUUAGGGAUUUCAAAAAUAACUUAGCAAUCCCUUGGGAAGAUAACAUAAAUAUUGCAAAUGACAGUAAACCAGAUACCAGUAAUGUAUGCACACAGAAUCUUUUACAUUGCAACCAGUCUGAAGAUACUAAUCAAAGUCAAGAAACAACAGACGACACAAGCAAGUCUACAGUCCAAGUAAUAUGCUGAAUACAACUACAAUAGAAAUUAAUAAUAAUAAUAAUGCAUCUGCAUAAUUCCCUUGUUUUAUUAUGCAUUAAUUAGUUUUUGAAAACUUGUUUUAGUUUUCUAUCAAUAUUAUGUAGCACAAUGUAAUGCAGAUUUUUUUUAAAAAUAAACGCAAUUUUCUGGUA